AGUUUUGGAGGGAAACUGCUUAUAUGGAGUGUUUCUGAGAAUUUUUGUGUUUUUUUUUACCAUAUUCCUCUGAAUUUACCUUCUAAUUAGAUUAAACAGUUAAUUCUACAAGUGUACCAAUAGCAAUUUUACUCAAUUUCCAGUGUUUUAGUGAAAAUUUCAAAGAAAAUGACUUCAACAGUGAAAGACUUCAAUUUCCCCUUUGUCCCAUACAAGAUCCAACAGGAUUUUAUGACUGGCCUCUACGAAGUCAUCGAGAAGGGUCAGAUAGGAAUCUUUGAGAGUCCAACAGGGACAGGGAAAACCUUAAGCCUUCUCUGCGGAGCACUGACUUGGCUGUGUGACCAUGAAGACAAAGUCAAAGAAGACUUGAGGGAGAAAUUGAGAGAUCUUCAGCAAAAAAUCGACCAGGAAGAGAAGAAUAGUGCGUCAUCCAAUGAUUGGAUAGACAGUCAGUAUGCUACAAUUAGAUUAAAAGAAGAUUUGAUGUCGCAGAGACAAAUUCUGGACAAGAUUCUUGAAUAUGAAAAGAAGAUUGAAGGGAUUCGGGCUAGAAAGAUAAAAGAAAUCCGGGAGAAGAAGAAAUGGAGAACCAGUGAAAGGAAAAAACCAGAGGAGGAGAUGGAAAAUCCUGAAGAAAGUUUGCCAAGUACAGAGGAAGACUUUCUCAUUGAAGAGAAUGAAGGAGAGGAGGAGGAACCUGUUGAACAAAAUCCUCCGGAGAAGCAUAGGAAUACAAAGAUUUUCUUCUGCAGCCGCACGCAUUCCCAACUCUCUCAGGUGGUGGAGGAAGUCAAGAGGACGAAAUUCGCUGAGAAUCUUAGAGUAGUAUCCUUGGGAUCGAGGCAGAAUUUCUGUAUAAAUAAGGAAGUAAGAAACCUAAAAUCAGUGGCUCUUAUCAAUGAAAAAUGCCUGGAUUUGCAGAGAAAUCGCUCGAAAGUAACAUCCGCUGAAGACGGUAAAGUCCUAAAACGCAAGAAGGGCAAAGGAUGUGAGUUUCUCAAGGAAUCUGCGAUAGAGACCUUGAGAGAUACAGCCCUAUCGGAGAUUGUGGAUAUUGAAGAUAUUGUUGAAUUGGGAAGAAUUGAGAAAGGUUGCCCCUACUACGCCAACCGAGCAGCAAUCUCUGAUGCUCAACUUAUUCUCUUGCCCUAUCAGAUGAUUUUUCACAAACGCACGAGGGAACAGACAGGGAUUGACUUGAGGGAUUCUGUAAUUAUCGUGGAUGAAGCUCACAAUCUCUUGGACACCGUCUCAUCAAUCCAUUGUGCGGAAAUAUUUUUGGAUCAACUCAGAGAGGUCCAUAGCCAGCUCACUGCCUACAGAGACAAGUACAUGAAGAGAUUCAGCACGAAAAAUCUCCUGAAGCUCAAUCAGCUGAUUUUUGUGGCCAUAAGACUGAUUAAAAUGAUCCCCGAGGCACCUAAAAUAUCUCACAGAAUCAUUCUCACUCACGAAUUGAUGUCUGAGGGAGAGUUUUUCAACAUCAAUCUCUAUGAAUUGCUAACCUUCUGCGAGAAUACUCGCUUAGCUCAGAAGAUUCAAGGAUUCUCAGUCAAUUUGAGCGGGAAAAUUGCUGAAAGUUCUGAGCCACCUAAAUCAGCCACUCAGAUGCUCCUUGAGAAACUCGAAACGGAGGAGCAGAAAAAGAAAAGAGGAAAGAAACCUAUGACUGUCCAAGAACAAAUUGAAGAUACUGUAGAAAUCAAGAAGAACUCACCAUCAGUUAUUCGUCUUUUCUUGGGAUUCCUUGAAUGCCUGACAGAAGACAUUGCAGAUGGGAGGAUUCUUCUAACUUGGGAUCCCAAGCCACGGAUAAAGUACCUCCUCCUGAAGCCUGAUGCACAUUUUGCAGAUAUCCUCAAGGAUUGUCGCGCCCUAAUAGUUGCAGGAGGAACAAUGCAGCCUACAAAUGAACUAACUGAGCAACUGUUUUCUCGCCAGACUUCUAGGAUUAAGGAAUAUUUUUUUGAUCACGUUGUAGCCGAAGAUUCAGUUUUGCCCAUUGUAGUUUCACGUGGUCCUACCGGAAAGCCUCUGCAUUUGAACUUCGCCACCAGGAGUUCUAAAGAAUCCCUCAAUGCAAUUGGAAUGAGCCUCCAGAACAUCUGCAAUGUUGUUCCAGCAGGAAUUGUGGUCUUUUUGGGGUCCUACGAUUAUUUAGAUACAGUUUUUCAGCAUCUGGAACAAAGUGGAAUGCUUGAGAGGAUCCGCGGGAGGAAGAAAGUGUUCAAGGAACCUCGACAAGGAGCUCGAAUUGAGAGAGUUUUGAACGAUUAUUCUGAUGCUGUCACUAGAGGUGGAGGAGCAAUUAUGUUCAGUGUUGUGGGUGGAAAACUUUCAGAAGGACUUAAUUUCUCAGAUGAUCUUGGGAGAUGUGUGGUUGUAGUGGGACUUCCCUAUCCCAACAAGACCAAUCCUGAGCUUUUAGAGAAAAUGAAGCACUGUGAUGCUGUCCUGAGGGCAGGAGCUGGAAAUGAAUACUACGAAAACAUCUGCAUGAAAGCUGUAAAUCAAUGCAUAGGAAGAGCGGUCCGGCAUAUAAAUGACUAUGCUAGUGUCAUCCUUCUCGAUGAACGUUAUGCCACCGAGAAGACCUCAAAGAAAUUGCCCGGGUGGAUUAGGAGAAGUUUGAAAGAAGCCCCGAAUUUCGGGAUGGUCCAGGCUUUCCUGGUUAAGUUUUUCCGGGAGAAACGAGCAAAACCGUUGAGAGAUUGAAAUUUGAAAACAUCGCAAAAAACCGACAAUUGUCGAAAAGCAACCGAGUUGGUUUUCGACGCAGGCUGCGUUUUCUUCGCUCUUCCUGGCCAAAAAUCUCCCAAAUUAAGACUGUUACUGUUUAGUUUUGAGUGUUGUCAAGUCACAUUCCGUCUCCAGGGCAAUUGCUGAUUAUGGAACUCCUCGGAACUUUGCAAAUAUGUGUCCUUUUCCUUGCCCUAACCUCUGCAGCCAGCGACGAAGAGACUUCCUUGAAUAUUACACCAAAAAUCUGUA